AUGGGUCUCUCUCCUGCCUUCCCCGGUCUCUUCUUCGCCUUUGCCGGCAUGGUCCUCCUCCUCUUCGCGUCCAUCUCGCCGCCCGCGUGGAACGUUGUCAACUUCCUGACCACCACGGCUGGCGGACAGACCACAUACUGGGGUGUCUUUGGCCGGUGUGUCUCGGGCGCGGCGUGCACCGCCAGGAGCAUUGGGUAUGACUUGCAGAUCCCCGGAGGCCCUAACCUCUCGAACGAAGUCGCCCUCCAGCGCCUGACCAACGCCCUCAUCAUCCACCCCAUCGCCGGCGGUGUCGCCCUCCUCGCCUUCAUCUUUGGCCUGAUCGGCAUCUUCGCCGCCAGCCGGAUAGCCACCAUCCUCAUGGCCCUCUUCUCGGCCAUCGCUGCCGUUGCCGCCCUCGUCAUUUUCGUUAUCGACAUGGUCCUCUGGAUCCUCGUCCGCAACAGGGUCAGGGACUCGGGCAACGUGGCUGAGCUCGGGAACUGUAACUGGUUCACCGUCGGAGCAGUCGUCGCGCUCUUCCUCGCCACCUGCACUUCGUUCUGCGGCGCUUUCGGGCGGUUCGCUAGCGGUCGUGCGGCCGGCGAGAAGUACUCCUCACCUUCUUACUUCUUCUUUUCUCAAGCAAAGGAUACCGCACCUUCUCCACGCACCAGCCUGGAGGCCUUCGCACUACGCGUCAUGUCAUCCGCUACCCCCAACCGCCUUCUCGCCAUGCUCAACGCUACCGCUUCUCCCUCCCCUUCUUCCUCUCCCUCAACCACCGCUCAGAACCCCACCUCCGUCGCUCAACCCCAGCCCCCUUCUGGUCAAUUAUCGCCCCGUGAGCCCACCCCGGCGCCCCCUGGUCCGAGCUUCCAGUCGAUCUCGCUCCAGGAUCUGUUCAAGAGUAUCGCUCCUGCCCCUGGAGGUCCCGUCCCGGCACCCGGUCUUAACGGUACCACAGUGCCCGCACCGGCUCCACAGAGGUCCGGAUCCGCAGCGAGCUCGGUCACUGCUACUGGUGCCCCGUCGGCCAGAUCCCCACAGCCUACAGAGGGGAAGGAGGACCAGCAGAACAGAUUGCUAGGGAUGUUGAGCAAGAUUGGCGCUCCUGCGCCCGCUCCGGCUCAGCCCAUCGCGCAGACCGUCAAUGCGCAGGCGAAUGGGUCUGCCUCUGCGACAACGUCGGAGGCGGAGGCGCAUCGGAAGGUGACGGAGCUAUUGGCCGGUCUUAAGAGUGCUUCGAGCGCGACAGCACAGCAAGCUUCCCAGCUCGCCAUUCCCGAGCCGAAGCAGCCCGAGUCUGCCCCUAUCGUCGAGAGACAGGCCGAGCCGGUCGACCCUGCUAUUUCUCAAAUCAAGAGAGAGGCCAACGGCGAUCACUCUACCAACACCGGUAUACCCAACCCCUCGGCGCCUACUCCCCCUCCGCCCGCUCGAUCCCCAUUCCACUUCGUCUCCCCCUUUGAUGCCUUCAGUCCCCCUCCCAAGCCAGCUCCGGCGCUGCCGAUGGUAAUGACGGUCCCGCAUGGCGUCAAGCGGCCCGGGUCGGCUUUGGACAAGAGCAAGGCGGGGAUCCCGGCUGUCUCGCUUGAUUUCCCUCCUCCUUCUGCUCCCCCUGCCGUUCAGAAGAAGGCAUCGAACCCUGCACCGGCGGUUCAGGAGGAGAAGGCAGAGGUGGCGGACGUAAAGCCGAGCAAGGAGGAGCUGGCUGCUGUGGACGCUAAAGUCUCUGCGCCUGUGACUGCGACUACAGCUCCUACUGCCGCUGCUGCUGUUGCACCAGCCCCGGCUAGUACGCUACUCAAGAACGGGAACGCCAAGUCGUCGUCCUCCCGAGCCGCUAGCCCUGCUAGCAGCGCUCAGAGCGGACACAAACGCACAGCGUCGGCCAAGAACGCAGUGUCCUCCACGGCUCCUGCGUCGGUCAUUAGCGAGAAGUCGGUCCCGCGUGCGCGAGGUGGUCAGGCCAGCCAAGGCAAGAAGGGCAUGGGACUGGACCUUGUCAACAAGGACACUACGGUCGAUGUUCAUACUCAAGACCCCCACGCCUUCCUCGGCCCCAAGACUGGUGCAGUCAACAUCAUCCCGACUACUAUGCUCAAGCACGCACCUAUCCGACGAUCCCAGGCUGGUCGGGUCGUCGGUCUCACGCGAGGCUGGAUGGUCUAUGCGCUAUCUGCUGGGAGACUCCGCCUCAUCGACCGAGAUACCGGCUCCCGACUAGUCCUCCAGCUCCCCGAAGCCGCUCAAACCGGAACAGUCCUCGACCUCGCUGUCGCUCCGACGUACAUUGCCGCUCUCGGCGCCGACCAGUCCGUGACUGUCUUCCGCGUUCCGACGUCCUGGAGUCAGGAUGACCCGCCAUGUGACCAGGUCCUGCAUAUCGCCGGGGAAGACGCGGACGGUGCGCUUGGCACGAUCAGUCAGGUCGAAUGGGUGGACAGGGGCGAGGAGAGCUUGUUGGCUAUUGGGGGAAGUGAGGGUGUGGUCUUGCUAGACCCUAGGAAGGAGAGGGGGAAUGUUGCGAUGGAGGAAAUAGUGCGCAGGAAUACUAUCAUGGAGAGCGAAGGGCCCUCGGCCGCCUUCUGCUUCAAUGCCACUCAGCAAGCUCUCGCUAUCAUCUCCCACUCGAACUACCUCACCAUUUACUCUGUCGCUACUCGUAAGCGUGCCUUCCACAAGGAACUCCCCCGUUCUUCCUCCCCGACCGGAUCCGCUCAGACUUCCGACUACCCCUCCUCCAUCCAAUUCUGCGAAACCAACCUCCUCAUCGGCCGGCAGAACAACACGAUCCUCGACGUCGUUCAGAUCACACUUUCCAUCUCCGUCCUCGGUACCCUCCAUCUCACCUCCUCCACGGGCACACCUCUCGGCUUCUGCCAAGCUGUAUACGACACCACUCGGUCCGUCCUGUGGGUGACGGCGCCCGAGGCCCGCGGGACGCUCUAUGGCUUCCAGUACGCCCUCAAGGGCCGCCCGCCGGUCAAUACCGCCGAAGGCGAGUCGGUCAUACCAUUCACAAAGAUGGUGGAUGUUCCGCUGGAUGCGGUAUUGAGUCUUGCGCAGGCGAGGGAGGCGGAAGAGGCGCAAGAGAUCAUCUAUGUGCAUCCGAAGGGGAUCAGUAUGGCUGUUGUUGGGGAGGGAAUUAUGGAUGCUCUGGCGGCACCCCCGACCGAGGAUGGAGAAGUUGAGGUCAACCAGGAGAAGGAAGCGUCUAUUUUGGCCGAGGAGAAGAACGAGCCGGAGCUGGCGUCGUCAAAGGAGGCGAACGUCGAAGAGGCCCAGCCCAGACCAUCGAUCCCAGCUCAGCCACAACCGGCACCAAUCGUCGAGCACAAGGAGACGCCCAAGCAGACCAUCUCCACGCCCAAGCAGGCUGCUCCGACCCCUCGAGCCGUCGAGAAGCAGACAGCACCUGUCGCUUCCGCUACUGCUGAGGAGGAGUCGGACGACGAGCCGGUCAUUGUAGAGAAGACGAGUCCGAAGGCUCUGGCAGAGGAGACGAACAAGCAGAUGAAGAAGAUGGAGGACCGGAUCGUCACUCAAUUCCGCCAGGCUCUUUCUGGUCAGAUUGGCGGUAUCAAUAGCCGCAUCGACUCGAUGGGCGGGGACAAGCUUGCUACGGAUAUCACUGUCAGGGUGGAGAAGGAGUUGAAGGGUAUGAUGACGACUCUGAUCCGAGAUGAGGUCAAGAAGAGUAUCACGCCCGUUAUCACCACCACCGUCCAGUCUCAGUUGACAUCCUCGCUUCCUACGUUGGUCUCCACGUCCAUCAAGGACUCGCUCAAGACCGUCCCUGCCGACUUGGAGCGUAUCCUCGUUCCCGUCGUUCAGGCCAGUAUCAGCAAGAUCGUGCAGCAGACGGUGGACCGGGCGGUGCAGGACUCGAUCAAGCGGGUCGUGGUGCCGGCUGUGACGACGGCGACGGGGAAGAUGUUUGAGGGACUUGCGGUCGAGUUGAGGUCAGAGAUGACUCAAAUGAGGAAAGAUCUCGCUCCGGCCUCGACCGAUGCGCAGAAUCAGAGCCUCAGAGAUAUGGUUGAGGCGAUGGCGGAACUUCGUCGUCAGGUUUCGACCCUUUCCGAGCAAGUCCGAGCUGCUCCUCCAGCUCCUCCCGCCCUAGCCUCACCUCCCGCACCUCCAGCGGCUGCCAUUCCGGCCCCGGCCCCACCUCACGCACCCCCUAUGCCUGACCCGCGGCAGCUCGAAGACGCCUUCCUUGCCGCCCUAGCCAGCCCGCACGUCUCGGCUACCAUCAACCUCCUCAAUGCCCACUAUAACAUCACCGACUACCUCCUUCCCAUCAACCCAUCGCCUUCCCAUCCCCCUCCCCUCUCCUCGGCGGUCAUGUUGACGCUGUACCAUCGGCUCGCCCUCGCCCUCGCCGAGCUCCCAACCAACGACAUCACCUUUGUCCGGGCGAUGCAGUGGGAGCGGCGCGUUGCAAGCUUGAUUGAUCCCAGGGUGCCCGAGAUGGCGAGCUACUACCCGAGGGUCGUCGCCGUGGUGAGCAACGUGCUGGGCGGGGUGAUUCAGCGUGUGGGGAAUGAGCCGUCCGGCCUGGGCAGGGCGUUGAUGGAGAUCCUGGAUGUCGUCGCGCAGAAGGGAUAA